AUGGGUCUCUUUUCUUCCCCAACGCUGCUCUCCGAUGCUUCGGCGUACGCCACCCCGGCCAACAUGGCCCCUCAGACUGUCGAGGAGGCUCAGAAGGCCAAAAGCUACGAUUUCAUCAUUUGCGGCGGCGGCACUGCCGGCUGUGUCCUUGCCAGCCGCCUUUCGGAAGAUCCCAACACCUCUGUGCUCGUUCUCGAGGCCGGCGGAAACAACGAUGCUCUCGAGGUCAAGGCUCCCCUCGUCUUCACCAAGAAUUUCAAGACCGAGCGCGACUGGGACUAUACCACGACCCCUCAGGCUUCCGUGCUCAACAAAGAGAUGCAGUGGCCGCGUGGAAAGCUCAUCGGAGGCUCUUCCUCCAUCAACGCCAUGAUGUACCACCACUGUGCGCCCUCCGACUACGACGAAUGGAGCGAAAAGUUCAACUGCAAGGGCUGGUCCUACAAAGAGCUCCUGCCUUACCUCAACCGUUCAGAGAAGUACACCCCUCACGCUUCGCAGCCUGAUGUCAAGGCUGAAGAGCGCGGUGCUUCAGGUCUUUGGCAAACGGGUCACUCGUCUUACAAGGCCGAAGUUACCUCGAAGGGCUUCGUCAAUGCUUGUGUCGAGGUUGGCAUCCCCUUCAACCCCGAUCUCAACACUCACCGUGGCAGCGAAGGUGUAACUCAGUUCACCACGUUCAUCGACAGCACCGGAAAACGCUCUUCGGCAGCUACCGCCUACCUUCCGCUUGAGGUGCAAAAGAGGUCUAACCUCACCAUCGGCAUCCAUGUCAUGGUCAAUCGCAUCAUCUUUGAUCGCACCGGCUCCCGUCCCAAGGCGAUCGCCGUCGAGAUGCAGAACAAGCGCGACGGCAAAAAGUACUACGCCGCCGCAAACCAGCGUGUCGUUCUCUGCGGCGGUGCGAUCAACUCGCCUCAGACGCUCAUGCUCUCGGGUAUCGGCCCUGCUGCCAUGCUCAACAAGCAAGGCAUUCCUGUCAUCGUCGACAAUGCUCUGGUGGGAGAGCGUCUGAGUGACCACCUUUGCCACAGCACCAUCAACGCCCGAGCUAAGCCUGCACACACGCUUGACUACCUCAGCAGCGACAUCAAAGCCAUCCCAUCGCUCGCUCGUUGGCUCGUGACAGGAGGCGGUCCGGUUUCGAGCAACGCAGGUGAAGCUGCCGCUUUUGUGCGCUGCAACGAUCAGUCACUGCCACUCGUCAACUCAAUGACCAAGCCCGAGAAUUGUCCUCAAUUCUUUGGCUCGAUGGGCAAGGGUCCCGACAUUGAGCUCAUCUGCACGCCUCUUGCCUACGUAGACCACGGUACUACUCCUGCUCCGGCGGGUACCGGCUGCGUGUCCAUUGUCGGUCUCAACGUGCGUCCACGUUCCAAGGGCACCAUCUCCAUCAGGUCGGCGGACGCAUGGGACAAAGCCAUCGUCGACCCGAAAUACUUUACCGACCCUGACGACAACGACCGCAAGGUAACGCUCGCCGGAAUGCGUCUCGCCAUCGCUGUCGCCAAAGCCAAUGCUUUGCAACCUUAUCUGGAAGAUUACAAGAGCGACAACGAGGACGACUUUUACUGGCCGAUGUCUUCUACCGACCCGAGCAAGCUCACGGAUGACCAGUUGAUGACGUUCAUGAGCAAGACUGCGUUCACGCUGUACCAUCCUGUUGGCACGGUCAAGAUGGGUCCCGAUGCGUCCGACUCGGUCGUCGACACGGCUUUGCACGUUCACGGUGUAGACGGAUUGGUGGUCUGCGAUGCGAGUAUCUUCCCGGAGCAGAUCUCGGGACAUCCCACUGCUGCCGUGAUUGCUGUCGCUGAAAAGGCGGCAGAGCUGCUCAAGGACAUUGCAGCUGAUAAAGCGUCUUCGUCUAACAUUUCGUCUCAUCUCUGA